AAGCGGGGUCAACCCAACACUCUCAUACAGUUGUCUUAACCUAUGGAGUUCUUUAAGUACAGGUAGGCAUCAGUGACUGGCUGGAUUCUCAACUCUCAAGGUAGAUGCUCUACUGCUAGCAUACUAGUACGUCGGGCUAAUCUCUUCCUCCAUAGGGUCCGAUUUGCGGAGAGGGCGUGUGAAAGACUCAAGUUCACCCGCUAAGGCAAUCCAGCCUCUUACUCCAACCUGAAGAAUAUCAAGAGCACACAUGCUACUCGCAAGUUGAAUCAGCUCACCAUGUUUUCCACUGUUCCCGUUUCUGGCUUCAUUCUCCUCUUCUUCACGGCGCUUUACAAGUCCAUCAUCCAGCCUGCAUUCAUCUCACCGCUAUCCAGAGUCCCCAACGCUCAUUGGUCUGCGCCUUUCUCUUCAUUCUGGGUUCUCUGGAUCAGAAACAGAUGCUGUGAGAAUCGUUCUUUACAUAAGGCACAUAUCUGGCAUGGGCCUGUUAUACGUAUUGCGCCCAAUGAACUGAGCAUCAACGAUGUGAACGGACUGAGAACAGUUUAUGCCGGUGGUUUCGAGAAAGGAGAAUGGUAUUCAAUCUUUGAUAAUUAUGGGUGAGUCUUUGGUUUUGUCUUAGGUGAGUGGUGGACUAAUGGGAAUAGGGUACCUUGCAUGUUCUCUGCCUGGCAUUCUCGACCUCACUCAGCUCGGAAACGGUGGGUUUUUCUUCCUUUUCGGGGUGCUCCUAACAGCUCAAGACACUAUUUCCUAGUGUUCAUUAUUGGUAGCAAUAAGCAGCCGUCUGGUAUUUCUGCCUCUGUAAAUCGUAUAAAGUAUCCUGCCUGACGAUUCUAGGUUAAUUAUUUAUUUGUUUCAGAACAAAGUAAUAAACCUAGACUUGGUGUUCAUCUGAUUUAAUCGCCCUUUACAACCUGCCAUCACUUAAAGUUUCGAGACGGCAAAGUUUCGAGACGGCAAAGCUGACUUUGGGAUUUCCGCAGUAUGAUUUCAAACAUUUAUUCCAAAUCUAGUAUACAAGGCUCUCCUGCACUUGCAGCGCAAUCCAAGACCAUCUUAAAGUCGCGUCUACUUCCUCUUCUAGCCUCGCGUACAGCAGAACUAGGCAUCGAUGUCCACUCAACCUUCAAUGCCACUACCAUGGAUUUCAUUACUGCUUACCUGUUUGGUCUCAGGAACAGUUCAAAUUUCCUCCAAAAUGUAGAGGAGCGUGAACAUUGGCUUGAUUUAUACCACAGUCGUAAGACUCAUACAUUCUGGUCGCAAGAACUUCCUCGUAUCACCUCAAUUCUAAAGACUUUGGGGAUACGCCUGGUUCCAAAAUGGGUGGACGCCGCAAAUCAAGAACUCGAGGAUUGGACCAAGAAGAAAUGCGAUUUCACGGCAUCAUAUCUGAAAGAGCUCGCUCCUAGAGAUGAAAAUAUUGCCAACGAGCCAGUAGUCAUGAAAGCAAUGCUCUCCGGGAUCUCCAAAGAGGAAACUACAAAAGGGGGGAACUCAGUUCUAGCAAGCGAAACCUUAAAAUUCCCGGAACUCAGUGUCGCCUCAGAAAUGAUCGAUCACCUAGCAGCAGGGCAUGAGACAGCUGGAAUUACACUCACAUAUAUCUCUUGGCACCUCUCGCAAGAUGUUGCACUGCAAGACAAACUUCGAGCCACGCUUCUCACUUUACCAAAUCCCAUCUCCCUCGGAAAUAGUGGAAACAACCAAGAAUUGCCCAAUUCAAGAGAUCUCGAUAACCUUCCUCUCCUUCAUGCAGCCAUAAUGGAAACUCUUCGUCUCGAUGCAGCCAUACCGGGUAGUCAGCCUCGCAUGAGCCCGUACCCUUCCAGCACCGUAUCGUCCUUCGCCAUACCAGGUGGCGUCCGAAUUAACGCCCAGGCCCACAGCGUGCAUCGGAAUCCAAGCGUUUACCCCUCACCAGAGACUUGGGAUUACACAAGGUGGCUAGACGAUGAGAAUGGUUAUUCCGAAGAGCAAAAGCGGGAACGAGAUCGCUGGUUCUGGGCUUUUAGUAGUGGAGGAAGGAUGUGCGUUGGAAGUAAUUUUGCCAUGCAUGGUUUGUUGGCCUUUUUUCCGUCUUCAUUAUUCACAUUUGAGCUGGGGGCGGGUCACUAAUUGCUACUUUUGUAAACUAUAGAGAUUAAACUCAUUAUUGCGGCCAUUUACACCAACUUUCGAACGCACAUUGUCAACGAUAAUGGGAUUGAGCAAGAAGAUGGCUAUACCACUGGGCCCGUGGGGAAUAAGUUGAUAUUAAGGUUUGAGAAGGUUGUGAAUUAAAUAAAUUGGAUUAUCAUGGGGUCCAGGAAUUUAUGUCCUUCAAAGGAAACAUUAAUUACUUCUUCAUUCAUAUAUCUUUAUUAAACAAAAUCAGAGAUUCAGAUCGUUUGUCG